UGUCUGCCUACUCACUACUCAGUAGUCAGUGUUAUUUCCCGAUUAUUCUUUGUAUUACAAUGUCGUAUACAAUGUCGUGAAUUUGAUCAUAAAAAUAAUAUAAAAUGUUUCUUUUUUUACUGAAGGAAUAAAUGCUUAGAGCAAAGAUGAAGUUUUUUUUCAUAAUAUUAUUAGUGUUGGAGUGCUAUGGGUUAGAAUCGAAUGUGGACAAUGAUAGAAAGGUGAAUACAGAAGUGUCUAGAGCUUUAGAUGACCGGCCUUUGUUGUUUGCUACGCUCGGAGGCGGCAUGGUGGCCGUGGAUCCCUCAACAGGGAACGUUAUAUGGAAACUAAAAGAUGAGCCCGUAGUCAAAGUGCCGAAUCAGCAUGGGAAUCUCAUGUCCCAAUUCCUACCAGAUCCACGUCAUGGCUUCCUAUACAUGUACGGUCCGAGAGGGGAUAGUAAAAUGCUGAAGAAGUUGCCCUUUACCAUACCAGAGCUGGUUGCGAACGCACCUUGCAGGUCUACAGAGGGUAUAUUAUAUACUGGGAAGAAGAGCGACACGUGGUUCAUACUGGACCCAUUAACUGGUACCAGAGAACAUGUAUCUGGAUUCGACAGUUCAAAGAUAUUCAAAAGCGAGGGAGGUACCUGUCCGCCGAACAGAAAACGCGGCGUCUACAUAGCCCGCACCGAGUACAAUAUACUGAUGCACGAUUCAAACAACGAGAAUCAGAAGUGGAAUGUAACAUUCUUUGAUUACACCUCGCAUGCCAUGGCGAAGGAAAUGGUCAACGAUUACGGUAUAAUACAUUUCACGUCCACAUCGAAUGGUAGGAUAAUGUCCUUCAAUAGGAAGACCGGAGAUCUUCUUUGGUCUCAUAACUUCGAGACUCCGGUUGUUGCUACAUAUUUGUUAGACAGGGAGGGCCUUAUAUCCGUUCCUUUCAAUUCCAUUGGUGAUGAUACUUUGGACCACAUUAUGGAAGACGCGACCACUUUGAGGAAUGGUCAAGGAAUCAAGAAUUCCAAUAUAGAAUUGUAUCCCACUCUAUACAUCGGCGAGCAUAACCAUGGUCUAUACGCAUUAUCGUCUCUCGUAGACAAGAACACAGUCACAAUAUCAACUGGACACACAAAACCCCUGCUUCUCGAGGGUCCAGUGACGGAAAACCAAGCGAACUCCGAGAAGGUUACCUACGAGCCCUUCAAGAACAUCCACUACCAGCUGAACGAUCUAAAUCUCCACGUAACACCGCCAUACCUGUUACUAGGGCAUUACAAAGUACCAGAACUGACAACUAAUUGGAUGCCGCAUCUACCGAAUAUAAACACUAUAUCGCACUCACAGAACUCAGUGAAGCUGAUUAACGGGGAGGUCCGGGUCACUGACCUUGAUGGGGAAAAUGAAACUAAUUUGAAGUCCAAUACCAAUUCAGUGUCUGUGUCUGUUCAAACUGACGAGUUUUUCCAGGAGUUCAGUUUUAGACCUGAUCUGUGGUAUAAGAAGGCCUAUAUAUGGUUGCACCAGCAAGAAAAUAAAGCUCUCAAAGUACUGCUGAUAAUUCUGAUGGGUUUGGUUGUAACCUUAUUCUGGUAUUUAAGGUAUCAGGCCCGUGAAUUUCAACAGCUCUCUCAGUCUGGCUCUAGGGGUUCCUCCACACAGGAAGUGACUGCUCAGCUGGAGGAGUUAGGGGAGGGGGAAGUGAGAGUGGGGAAGAUAAGUUUCUUCACGGACCAAGUUCUGGGGAAAGGCUGUGAAGGAACAUUCGUUUAUAGGGGUACGUUCGACAAGCGAGCUGUGGCUGUUAAGCGACUUCUACCAGAGUGUUUCACCUUCGCCGACCGCGAGGUGGCGCUGUUAAGAGAGUCCGAUGCGCACGCGCAUGUAGUACGAUACUAUUGUACUGAGAGGGACAAACAGUUUAGAUACAUAGCUCUGGAGCUCUGCUCGGCGACUUUGCAGGACUACGUGGAAAAGAAAUUAAACUUUGUAUGCAAGAUAGAAUCCUUGGAGGUUCUACGACAGGCCACUUUAGGGUUGUCGCAUCUGCAUUCCAUGGAUAUAGUCCACAGAGAUAUAAAGCCCCAUAAUGUGUUGCUGUCGAUGCCGAACGGUACCGGCGAGGUGCGGGCUAUGAUAUCAGACUUCGGGCUGUCGAAGAAACUGAAUAUAGGGAAGGUCAGCUUCUCGAGACGAUCAGGAGUCACAGGAACUGACGGAUGGAUAGCACCCGAGAUGAUCAACGGAGAGAGGACGACGACCUCAGUGGACAUGUUUUCUCUGGGAUGUGUGUUCUACUUCGUGUUGUCCAGAGGCCUGCAUCCGUUUGGAGACGUCUUGCGAAGACAAGCGAACAUACUGACAGGGGACUAUAACCUGGAUCACCUGGAUAAGGUUCUGCCUUCAGAGCAGGUGUUACUGUCCAAGAUGCUGAUCCGCUGUAUGAUAUCCGUCCGCCCCAGCCGCCGCCCGCCCUGCGACUCAGUACUCAAAUUCCCGCUCUUCUGGAAUCGACAGGGAGUUCUUAAUUAUCUACAGGACGUUAGUGACCAUAUAGAGAGCGUCUCCCAGACAACCGAUCAUCCGCUGGAGUUCGGAGGUCGUAAGGUCAUCAGAGGUGACUGGAGGCUACACGUGUGUAGCCGCGUAGCGGGGGAUCUACGAGCGAGGAGGACCUACAGGGGGGAUCGCGUAGCACAUCUAUUAAGAGCCGUUAGGAAUAAGAAACAUCACUAUAGAGAAUUAGAACCAGAAAUACGCGAAAGUCUGGGCCGUUUGCCGGACGGCUUCGUCACGUAUUGGCUGAAGAGAUUCCCCCUCCUGCUCCCGCACGUGUGGCUUCAGAUGCAGCAGUACAGGAACGAGGAUAUACUGCAAGCAUACUAUCCGUACUCCUUCACAUUUUAUAGAGAAGAAGUCCCAGAGCUAGCGGACGAUGACAAUGAAACGCCGCCAGAAUCAGAGGAUCCGCACAAAAACGAACUGUUCGCGAAAAGCAGGGUGUACUACGAUGAUAGCAAAGAGAAGAAGUUCUAUAGGAAAGAUUGGUCGCCUAAGAAGCAAGUGGAUUGGCGGAGUCAGGGGCAGGAAUUUCAGUUGAAACAGGAUGACGUCAGAUUAAGAGAUAGACAUCACUAUAAGAAGAGAGAGAAGAAGAGAGAGGAGAUGCCUGUGUGGAGCUUACCUCCGCAGUGACAAGUGAUUUUGUUUAUAAUAUUUAUAGUUCAAUGUACAGAAGACAAUGAGUUGAGUUGAGAAUGUGUGAGAUUAUAUCAAAAUGGCCGAUGGACUGAUAAGAUACUACCAUUUUAUUAAUUGAAAGAGAAAGGUGUUUUAAAGUAUUUAAGAUGAGAUUUAGAAUAUAUUUGUUAAGUAUAAUGGGACCAACUGUCAUAAACGUGUAAAUAGCUCAACAUUCCUGUUUGUAUCGUAUACAUCUAAUUUAUUACUAAUUUAGAUAAACGAGACCAGUGCGGCACUAACAUUGUUUACACUUUUGUGCUAUUACGCUUCUCUAUUGUAAAUAUUAAAGCUGUUUUAAUUUAUAACCGUACUUAUUUAUAUAUAAAUUGAUUUUUUAUGGGAAAAUUAAUACAUGUUUUUGUUUUAAAUGAUUUAUUAUUGUAAUAUAUUACACAGUACUAUUGUUGCUCAUCACAAUUGUAUAUGGCUAUGUUGAAAAUUAGAUGUUUUGUUUUUCAUUUUAGUUUAAGAUGUAUUGUGAUAAAAAACUAACUAAUUCUAAGUUAUAUUUUCGAGUACAUUAUACUAUUUAUAUGUAGGAAAUUAAUUUUUAUAUAUAUAUAUUUUAAUUGUAUAGAAAAAUUAAGCAAUGACAAAUUGUAAGGAAUUUAAGAAUUUUUUUUUUUUUAAUAAUCGGUGAAGAUCUAAUUUAUAAAACUAAUAAUUUCAGUCUCAUUUCUAUGGUAUUGACAAUAAACUUAUAAUAUGGCACUUAAAUAUUUGUACAGAAACAAAGACAAAAAAAAACUGUAUUAUAAUAAAAAAAUAAUAAUAACAAUAUCACAAACUAAAUGACGUAUAAAAUUAUUAUAUUUGUACAAAAUUUAUAAAAAAAAAUAAUAAUAUAAUAUUGUCGCUUCUACAUUUUUUAAAUGCUUUAUAUUAUGUCAUAUUAAUUUAGGAUCUCGUUUCGAGAUUGUUUUACAAAUUGCACAACAUACAUACAGUAAAGAAAUUAAGCACAAAUGUUUUCUGUGAAAAAAAAAAAAACACUUAUAAUGAUAGUUGUACUAUUAAUAUAAACUAAUGUAAUAGACAUCAAAAACAAAUUAAUUCUGUAAUAUAUGAACUGUUGACAUGAAAUAAAAUUUUUUACUUA